AUGAAUAAAUACCUUGGGCAUGUCCACCAGCCUUUCAACGAUCGCGGUGCGUAGACUUUGAACUUUCGCCAAAUCUAACAUUACCGAAGCCAUGGGCGAAGCACCACGUUCCUGGUUGGACACUCGAUGCAUUGACGACUAUCGACCUCUUCGAGUCGUCGUCAUUGGUGCGGGCAUAUCAGGAAUAUUAGCAUCAAUACGACUCCCACAAAGAAUACCGAACUUAUCACUGCAAAUAUACGAAAAGAACGCCGAUAUUGGAGGAACAUGGUUCGAAAAUCGGUACCCAGGUUGCGCAUGUGACAUUCCCGCGCAUACAUACCAAGCUACAUUUGAACCCAACCAUGAAUGGUCACAAUUUUAUGCCACGUCAAAAGAGAUCCAUGGGUACUGGAGGAAGGUGGUGGAAAAGUACGAUUGUAUGAAGCACAUCAAGCUCAAUCACCAGAUCGUCAAGGCAGUUUGGGACAAUCGGCAGGGCAAGUGGCAGCUGGAGGUCAAAAACCUGAAGGAUGGCAGCACCUUCACUGACACGUGCGACGUGGUGCUGUCCGCCACUGGAGCGCUGAACGACUGGAAGUGGCCCAGCAUACCUGGCCUAGAGGAUUUCAAGGGUACCAUACUUCACAGUGCCAGUUGGGACGAGAGCUUCGACUGGACUGGUAAGAGACUUGCUGUCAUUGGCAAUGGAUCCAGUGGUAUCCAGAUUGUGCCUGCGGUGCUGGCUGGAUCCGCGCAUGUCGACCACUAUAUCCGAGGGAGAACGUGGUUGUCGCCGACGUUCGCCAGAGAAAAGGUCGACCAAAUGGGUAAAGGGCUUGACAACUUCUCUUUCACGCCCGAGGACAUUCAACGGUUCAAGACCGACCCGGACUUUUACACGAAGUUCCGCAAGGACAUUGAGCUUGAACUGCAGUCUGUCCAUGGAGCCACGAUCAAGGGCUCACCUGAACAAAUGGCUGCGGUGGAAAUCUUCACGGAGAACAUGAAGCGAAGGUUAGCUGGGAAGCCGGAGCUGGGAGAUACACUUUUGCCGUCGUUUCCUCCUGUGUGCCGCAGAUUGACGCCAGGACCCGGAUAUCUUGAGGCGCUGACCGAUGCGAAAACGGAUGUCAUCACCACGGCGAUAGAAAAGGUCGAUGCUACCGGAAUCAUUACCACAGACGGGCAGCAUCAUCCUGUUGACGCCAUUAUCUGUGCGACUGGUUUCGACACCUCCUUUUCCCCUCGUUUUCCUGUCAUCGGCAAGAACAAUACCAAUCUGGUUGACAAGUGGGGGAAAGUCCCGUCAACGUACCUGUCGCUCGCAACGGACGACUUUCCAAACUACUACAUCUCGCUUGGACCCAAUUCGGCGCUAGGAACGGGCAAUCUGCUGCUUCUGAUUGAGCGGGUGAUUGACUAUGUCACGAUGUGUUUGGGCAAGAUGCAGCGCGAUAACAUCCGAAGCAUGGCGCCGCGACAGGAGGCCGUAGAAACAUUUGUCAAGUUCUGCGACGAGUACUUUCAGACUACGGUGUUCAGUCAGGAUUGCAGGAGCUGGUACAAAGGAGGCACCUCGGAUGGUAGAGUGAGUGCCUUGUGGCCGGGAUCUUCUCUGCACUCCACAGAGGCUCUGGCCAAUCCCAGAUGGGAGGAUUUUGUGUAUGAGUAUGUGGACGAUAAUGCAGGCGCUUGGAUAGGGAAUGGCUGGACGGUCAAUGAAAGAGAGAAGAAGGUCAAUGUGGACUAUUUGAAUCGCGAUCAGAUAGAUUUCCCACCAGUGCCCGAAUUGGCGGUGUCAGCGGCAUUGAAAAGAGCUGAUGGAGGAGGCAAUGACCGUAAGGUGGCCGUGUCGGCGCCGUGAGGACCGAGAGUGUGUUGAAUGAAUUUAUACCCCGAUAUGUUAGAAGGCUACC